CUGCGACGCGUGCUUGCCACGUCACCAUCAAGAGACGUUGUUAUUGUUGGUUCUAACUUACUGUAUCUCUCAUAUCUGAUGCGUGUUUCACGUCGUUGCUUUUGACUUAACGCUGAAAUUUCUCAACAUGUUGACGUCGGAGGGUUUCACGCAGUUCCCGCUGCAGGUGUGGGAGAAAGUGGUGCUGCCGAAGGUGAAGAAAGCGGUGGUGUUUAUGGACUCUGAGUGCUCGGAGGCUCUUCACUGGAGCGGAGGAGCUGCUGUGUUACUGGAGGCUGGAGCCAACAACCUAAAGGAGUUCUCCAGCUUUGAAGCGGGCGGUGUGACUGAACCUAAAGCCGUGUUCAUGGUGAGCUCUCUACUGAAGGGCAGGACGGUGGACAUCAUCAAAGACAUCAUCUCCAUCAGUCACUUCCAGUACUGCGUCGUCUUCACUACUGUAGCUCACUCAGUGCACCUGUUGGCCAACCACAUCACCUCAGAGAUGGAUGGGAAGCCAGUGUUUGAGCAGUUCGAGGAGAAGCUGUGUGAGUGGAUGGGCAACAUGAACUACACCGCUGAGGUCCUGCAUGCUCCUGUUGUCUUCAGCCAGGUGUCUCAGCAGCUGCUCCUCACUCCCAUGUUCUCUCACCUGUUCCCACUGCUCACACCUGACCUGGAGGCGAUCAAUGCGAAGAGACCAGAGAAGAAGAGGUUUGGAAGUCUGGUGGAUGUGGAUAUGAACUCUCUCCCUACUGAGCUGCAGUUUGAGAUCAAGUCCUUGGCUUCAGGUUUGAACUCAGUGUUCGAGGCUACAGGUAUCAGAGAGGAGAGUUUUGCUGUUGGUCCAAUGAGUCGCAUCAUAGCAGGAGAGCUGGCCAGUCACCCACAAGCAAAGAACAGGAGGAAGACUGCAGCUAAUAAAGCUUCCAUCAUCUUUAUGGACCGAACCAUGGAUGUCACAGGAGCUGUUGGUCACCAUGGCGACAACCUGGUGGAGAAGAUUCUGACCGUGCUGAAACCGUUACCUGGUCAUGUGACAGACGUACAGGUGGACAUGCUGGAGCUCACAGGUCUGCAGCGAACCCCCCAUUCCCAGAACACGGUGGCCCCCGGCUGCCUCGCACAGACCCAGUCACCUGCAGCUCAGUCCCUCUGGGAGUCCAUGCUGACCAGUAAACACAAGGAGGGGGUGAUGGAGGUCCGUCGGCAGCUGGUGGAAGCAGCCAGUAAGGAGGAGCUGCCGAUCAAGAUGAGCAUGGGCCGGGUGACCCCCGAGCAGCUGUGCUCCUACACGCAGCUGUUCCGCAGCAGUCGGGGGGCGCUAGAGAGUCACUGCGGGGUGCUCCAGCUGGGCCUGGCCACGGCACAGACGCUACGCCACCCCGGCCUGCCCCGCUGGGACGCCUGCCUGGCCUUCGAGAGGCUUCUGCUGCAGGCUCUCGGAGACUCUGACUUCCCCGCCGUGCUGAGGCAGCUGCUGCCCUUGAUGAAGCCCCGCGGAGGCGAGGACAGCACGGCCUCGGGGUCGAGGUCCGGGGAGGAUGAAUGCGGGCCCGAUGAGCUGAUCCUCCUGCUGGUUUACCUGUACUCCCUGGCUGACGAGGCGCAGCCCGCGGACCGAGACGCCGAGGAGGAGGAGCUGGAGAAGCUGGAGAGGGAGCUGAUAGGAGCGCUCACCCUCGUCAUCACCCGAGAGACCGACCUCAGCCCCCUGCUGCAGAAACUCACCGGUUGUGCAAACCCUGAGGAGCUGACCACGGAGCGAGCCCACUCCGCUGUGGGGGAGAUGUUCGAGACCCUCCGAGGUUUGAGCCACACCAGAGACCACCUGAAGCAGCUGCGCUCGGUCUACACCGUCAGCGACGGAGUUCACCAGGCGACCUAUCGUCCUUUCCUGCGGCAGAUCCUGGAGGAAGUCUUCCACCCCGACAGACGUGAAUGUCCCGACAUCGAGCACAUGUCUGGAGGCCUCACUGACCUGCUCAAGACCGGCUUCAGCAUGUUCAUGAAGGUGAGUCGUCCGCAUCCCAGCGACAACCCGCUGCUCUUCCUCUUCCUGGUCGGUGGAGUCACGCCCUCAGAGCUUCGUCUCAUCAAAGAGAUCGUCACCGCACACAAACCAGGGACGCAGGUGCUGGUUUUGUCCACCAGACUGCUGAGGCCGUCGGAUAUCCCCGAGCUGCUCUUCACCACCCAGAGACUGACGCCUGACAUCGGCGUCUGAAGGGGCCGCCACGUGCAGAAGCGGGAGGACACGUGCACCGCAAAGGUCUCGGCGCCUCGUCAGGUGCGAGCGGAGCUAAUGAGAAGCUGCGAGUGGAAAUGGAGGAAAUGAUGAACCAACAUUCCCGUCCCGUUUAUGUCAGAGUGUUUAACGCUGAAAUCAACUGUAUAUUAAUUAUAUAAAAGUAUAUAUUGGGUUUAUUGUUAAGAUAGAAAAUGCACCAAACAGAAAUCUGUCAAAAGCCACUUCAUCCAAUGUUAAUAUAAAACAAUAAAACUUUUCCAACAGGU